GCUAGACCGGUAGCUGUGUCGGUUGAAAAUCGUGCGUCGUUGUAUUUGGUAAUUUUGUAUCAUCGAAACAGUAAACGACGCUGUGCUGCUGAUCACAAAUUCCCUAUGGCAACGGCAACUUCUGUACUGCUGCUGCUGGUGGUGGCAUGUCGGUGCCAGUCGGAGUCCAGUUUUGAGGAGCCAUUGCACAGCGAUGUGGCUCUCUCGGAGCUGGAACGUGAGGGGAGAGACCAGUACCGUCAGGCUGUGGAGAGGAUAUCCAUGCCGCAGUCCGGGACCUGCUGGAAGCGAGCUGUCGCCGCCCUUGAGGGCGGCUGCCGGCAGCUCGACGAGAAGACCCAUGGUGAGCUGGCUCUGCGAUUUUCUGACUGUUUCCUGGAGAUGUCAGGGCUCGAGAAGCAUAACUGCCAAUUUGAAAACAAAGCAUGCCUGCGUGAAAUGAACCAGACUGCAUUUGAUACUUAUUCAAAGUUUUACAUCCACACACAAAGCAUGUGCUACUUCCUGUAUAAUCAAGCAUGGCAUCAGGAAACAGAAAAAACCAUAGCACGACUGACAACUACAUCUUCAAAGAUGUCACAGCAAUUGCAAGAGUCUGCCGAGGUGCAGAGCAGGAUGUUGUCAGAUCUCCUAUUGGUGAGCACCGUCGUGGGGCAAGCAUCGACUGUACUGCUUGCUGUCCAGAAUCUCUUGCUCAGUGGCUCCUCGUUCUUUGGCACUGUGCUGUUCUUCACCAUGGCUGCAGUCGCCUUAGCAGCUCUCGGCCGAACGCGUUCCGGUUCCAGUAUGGUACCGCACAUGUUUACUGUGCUGUUUGCUGGGGCCAUUGUGGAGACUGUUAUUGCAAAUUGGUUUGCCGAUGAAGCAGCAACUCAUUACCAGUGGGUGUGGUAUCUACGGUGCUUUGAAACAAUUUUGUGCACGGUACUGCUUGGUUACGCUGCUUGGAGAUACCAGCACUAUGGACCGGCAAACAACAGGUUGUUGAAAAUGAUUGACAACAAGAUUGAUCGGGUGCUGGUUGCAGUUCUAAGUAUCAAUAAGGUGAAAGGACCACUUCAGUCAACAUGUGUUAAAUGUGGACACAAUAAUGGAACAUAUUCGGAUAAUGCCUAUUACAACAUAAGCCAAAAAAAAGAAAAGUCACUGCCUGGAAUGUAUGAAAAUAGUAAAAGGGAGGAAACUGAAGACAAGCCAAGCAUUUUCCCGCAAUCAGCACAUGCACCUUUCCUGCCGCAACAUACUCCAGUGGCAGCAGACAGCCCUCCCACGACCCGUUGGGCUAAGGCUGACUUCACUGGGUCCUUUGAAACCCGCUACUCCAGAUGGUCCAGUCUGUCACGCCGGAGUCCUACGCCAUUUGUCGAUGCCCAGCAAGUCGUGACACCUCCGCCACCAUACGAUUAUGUGGAUUUGAAAAGCGAGGCUAGAAAGGAUACCACAGCUCCAUUGACAAGAAGAGAUUUUUACACACCAGAGCGUGAAAUGCGUUGCAGUACGGAGGUAAAGAAGGCCGUUGUGCGAAUAGAACCACUAAAAACUCAAGUAUCGGCCCCGACUCCACAGAGCCAGGCACCGCAGACGCCACAGCCGCCGCGGCGACAGACACCGACAAGGAAAGUUCGUCAGGCAAGGAGUGAUUCUGAACAGAAAGCCCUGCAGACCAGCUCAGAGUACAGUCUGCGCAGCCACAACAGGGACACGGGCUCUAUAGCUUGAGUUUUAACGGCACAGCAAAUGGGAUUGUGUCACAUUUUCAAAAGAUCUGAGUACAAUUUUUCCUUACUAUUAGCAUUUGGCGAUGUUCUUUUGCUGUCCAUUCCCAAUGACUUGACGUCAUAUAUCAGCUAUAUACAGAGGUCAUAAAUAUAUUAUACAUAAUUAUGUCUAGCAGGAAUGAUUAGGAUGUCAGCUCACAGAACCAUACCCUUGGAUCAAAUCAGCUGAAGUGCAUUUUUAAUACUUUUUGAGUUGAUGUUAUUGCACAAAUGCAUGUAGUUGUUAAUUUUGUUACAUUGUGUGGUACUUAAAGAAUAUAUUAAUUACAGAAUUUUUUGUACUUUAAUACUGAGAUAUCAUAACUCCCAUUUUCUGCUUAAGUGGCAAUUAAGAUAGUAUUGUUCUGAACUGUUGAUAUGUAAGCCUGCAUCACUGUUUUAUAUAUAUUUGCUUUUCACAUCAUCAGAAUUGACUUGUCCUGUGUUCUCGUGUAUCUGCUUUAAAAUGUGAGAGUUCAGAAUACUUGACUAAUUUUUCUUCUGCAUCAACAACAUUCUAAAAUGUUCAAAUGUUACAACACUGCAAAGGUAAAUAUACACCACAAAUAACUAUAUUUUUUAUCUUUCAUGUAAAUAACAAAGUGAAACAUAAGUUCCCAAACUAUUGUUUACUGCAGUUGUUAAUAAUCUCUUAUUUUUCUGUUCUAACAGAAGUAUCUUGGUAGUUUAGCAUAUAAGACUGAUUCCUAGAGAUUAAACUAAUUGUCAUUCAGAGUAGGAAUGAGUGUGUAAUUUUUUAAGUAAUGUGCCUUCUUUCUAAAUUUUGAAGUAAAUAGGACUUUGCUUUGAUUCUCUUACACACAAAUUUACAGUAUGCAAAAUAAAUCUCAACCAUGUGAUCAAUUACUGAAACUGUGAUAGGAGCAGUUUUGAUGUAAAUAAAAUAAGCUAGGAGAUACUGUGCCUUCAUAUUUCAUGACUGAUGGAAGAGGUGAAUUGGUGAGUCUGCACGAGCAUGCAUUGUUAUCUGAAAUUAAAUCCUCCUUGACAUAAGUUUGAUGAGGCAACCAGAACACCAAACUUGCAACAAUUACCAUUUGGGACAAUACUGUUUUCACAAAUCAGAAAUUGGGGUCACAAACAGCAGUCCACCUCUUCUUAAACUUCAAAAUAUUUAAAUUGGUGCCCGUGCAACGACCUUCCAAUGAGGGUCAUCCCCCCCCCCCCCCCCCCCCUCAAAAUUAACUUUUUACCCGAAUUUUAAAAUUAUGUUGCUGUUCAUUCAAAGUUAAUUACAGUUUAUAUCUAUCCUUAAUGUAAAAUAAGAGAGAGUUUGUAGACUUCGUUAACAAGUCCGGCUACGCGAAACUGGCCCUAACCAAAUCACUCGUGCCAUAAGACUGCAGUAUAAAAAUUCAGUGUUUUAUUUGUUCAGUUCAUUAAAAUUUAGUGGGAAAUUUUACCUGAUAGCACUGAACUACAAUUGCAAAAUGCGAAGCAAAACAGUCUGUGCACGCCUACACUAGUAACUAAUAUACUGUGAGCCACAAAUGGUUCUGUAUUUUUUUGGAAUCAUCUAGCAAAUGAAUCCUAGACACAGUCAAAGCUUAUUGGUGGAUCAGCAAUAUUAAAAUGCGCUGAACUACCUUAAUCGGUGCAUGUAAGCUCUCAUCCCAGAUAUGUCUCCCACUGGUAUUGACUCAAAACAAUAGCUCAAUAAACCGAGACAUAUAGCUGAAAAAGAGACGGCUGUAAUUGUUUCGACAGACAAUUGUUGAAUUUAUAAGUCGAAAAUUAAAUUUGAAGUAGAGCACGAGCCCGUCCCCACUGGACAACAAAGUAAAAGUGCAAAAGGUAGAGCUACCACUGUUUUGAGAGAUCAGGGGACAGCUUAGGGUAGGUGUAAAUGAUGGAGAGUUAGUGUGUAAAAAGAAAGUUCCACCUGUUCAUAUUAACAGAGUAAACUGUAUGGUGUAGAUCAAAGAUCUGCCCAACUCAUUUGUAUUUUGGAUUAUUCAAAAGGUUCUGUUAAGUAUUUUUCAUUUUCCAUUGAGUAUUAAUUGGUUAAGAGAAAAGUGAGUCGUGCUCAAAACGGCUGAAAUCUUAGAUAUUGUAAGAAAAUCAUGUUAACUAGAAGUGCAAUUUAUUUUUUAGGCUGACUAGGUUAGUGCAUGGGAUUAGCCGAGCGGUCUAAGGCGCUGCAGUCAUGGACUGUGCGGCUGGUCCCGGCGGAGGUUCGAGUCCUCCCUCAGGCAUGGGUGUGUGUGUGUUUGUCCUUAGGAUAAUUUAGGUUAAGUACUGUGUAAACUUAGGGACUGAUGACCUUAGCAGUUAGGUCCCAUAAGAUUUGACACACACUUUAUUAUUAUUAUUAUUAUUAUUAUUAUGAGUAUUUUCUAUAAAUGCAAAUAUUUUAGAUUAGGCUUUACCAUGACUAUUACUUAUAUUGAAUGAAACAAGUUUACUGUUGUCAGUCACUGUUUUAUUUAUAUACACAACAUUUUUUGAUGGUUUUAACCUCCAUCACCAGGUGAAUUUAUCAUUGGCAGUAUCACAUGUAUUGAUUGUGUUAUGAUUUUGUGGUAAUUUGAGGCACUGUCUCCAGUAGUCAUAGGCUCCUUUCACUAUCGUAACACAUCACCUGUAAACUUUCUUUCAUUACAAAAGAUGACAGUUUACAUGCGAUGUUUAAUGAUGUGAAAGGAGCCUUUGUUCACUGGAGACAGUUACCCCAAAAUCGUCACACAGCACACACACAUGAUACUACACAUGUAAAUACAACUAAUGGUGAAGGUUAGAACCUUUAAAACGCAUUGUGGAUAUAAAUAAACAGUGAAUGCUAACAGUAAACUUGUUGUUUCAUUUGGGUAAUGUUCUAGUUGGUUUUUGUAUGUCACACUAGUAUAUUUUAAAAAAAUAACAGAACCCAAGGGUUAGAUUAAAGUUAUAACUGUUACUAAGAAGAAAUCUCUUUUGAAUAGACAAAAACAAAUUUGUAAGUAUGUUCAACAUUUUUUGGAAAUAAUUCAAAUGCUGAUCAACUUCUCACAUCCUUAAAGAGUUCUAUUUAUCAUUUUAAUACCAUUUAAGAUGGGCAGUGAUGAAUAUAUAUUGUUUUUAUUUCAUUCUGCACCUUGUGUUGAUGAGCUGUAUGUUUACAGUAACAGACAGUGGUGGAGAGGAGGAAAAAUAUGAUCUUAGAUGGCAAGUGACCACUCACCUGAAAUACUUAAAAUUUUGUAAUUUUAAACUGUGGCUAACUAAUACCAUACAUGGUUCGUGUGAUAAGACAAUAAUUUUCAUAUUGCUUACUUUGUGUCGAUAUAUAGGCAUCGUAGUUGCAUCCUUGUGUACACAGUUAAUUACAAUAUUAGAACUGUGCAUAGACAUGUACUAGAUUAUUUUUAUAAAAAAUAUUAAUUUGAUAUUUAUAUUUGAGUGUCUUUGAUGUAGUUUUUAAUGCAGUGUAUGUGAAUGAAUAAGAAAAGGAAAUUGCUUCUUCAUUAACAGCACAUAGAUUAUAUUUAUAGAUCACCUUUAUAUGAGUAUAGAAAUAAAAAUUGUAGGUGAUACAUUUACAUUUGUCUUUUUUUGGAACAAACGAAGUUUAACUCACUAAGCCUUUAAUAACUUUGUAAUUGAUGGAAUGUUACACUGUGGUGACAAAAGUCAUGGCAUACCUUUAAUACUGUUGGACCUGUUUUUGCCCAGUGUAGUGCAUCAUCUUCACAUGGCAUAUUCUCAACAACUUGCUGGAAGUCUCCUUCUGAACUCUACAGCCACACGAACUGACCUCUCAGUUACGUCCUUUACAUGUUCGAUGGGAUUCAUGUCGGGCUAUCUGGGUGGCCACAUCAUUCAAUAAAAUUGUCCGGAAUGUUCUUCAGACUUUCAAUUGUGAACCAGUGACAUGACACACUGUUAUCCUUAAAAAUUCCAUUGUUGUUUGGGAACAUGGAUGACUGAAAAUGGUCUCCAAAUAGCAGAACAUAACCAUUUCCAGUCAGAGAUUGGUUCAGUUGGAGCAGAGGACCCCCUCCAUUCCGUGUAAACACAGCCCACAGCAUUAUGGAGUCAUCACCAGCUUUCAGUGCCUUGUCGACAACAUGGAUCCAUAGAUUUGCGGGAUCUGUGCCAUGCUCAAAUGGUACCAUCAGCUCUUACCAACUGAAAUUAGGACUUACCUGAUGCAGCAACAGUUUUCCUGUCAUCUAGUGUCCAACCAAUAUGGUCACGAGCCGAGGAGAGGCACUUCAGGCAAUGGUGUGCUGUUAGCAAAGCCAUAUGCUCCGAUAGCCCAUUAACACCAAAUUUUUCCCCACUGUCUUAAUGGAUAGUUCUGUCGCAUGUCCUUCAUUGAUUUCUGUAGUUAUUUCACCCAGUGUUGCUUGUCUGUUAACACUGACAAUGCUGUGCAAAUGUUGUUAAGUCCGUCUGCCACUGCGUUGUCUUUGGUCAGAGGUAAUGCUUGAAAUUUGGUCUUCCCACACUCUUGACACUGGAACUUGGAGUUCCCUAACGAUUUUCGCAGUGGCAUGUCCCAUGUGUUUAGCUCCAACUACCAUUCCCAUGUUCAAAGACUUAAUUCCCAUACCUCUUCACACGAAUUGCCUGAGUACAACUGACUGCUCUGCCAAUGCAUUGGCCUUUUAUACCUUGUGUACGCAAUACUACUGCAUAUCACUAACCCAUGACUUUUGUCGCCUCAGUGUAAAGCACCUUAUUUGUACCUUCUCAGACUUUUCAUUCCCUAGGUAGUUACGACCUGAAAGCAAGUAGUACUAUUUUGUAUUUUAAUUACAUCUGUGUACUGUAUUCAGAUAUGCGCAUCCUGUGAAAAAUUUCUGAAUUGUGUUUUUCUUUUUCGUACUGUUAAGUGAAAUAAAAACUGAGGAAUUUCAGUAAAAUGGAGUAAGAAAAUAAAUCUGUUAAGGUUA